ACCCCGCGCCCCCGCACAGCUGCCCCGGCCUUGGGCGGCCCCUGGUCCUGCUGCUGCUGCUGCUGCUGCCGGCGCCGACGUCGGGGUCGGCCCAGGUGCCGCCUCCGCAGCCCCCCACCCCCGAGGAGACCCCCGGUGGUGAUCGUACCUGGUGACUUGGGAAACCAGCUGGAAGCCAAGCUAGACAAACCUACAGUAGUCCAUUACCUUUGCUCCAAGAAGACGGACAGUUAUUUUACCCUGUGGUUGAAUUUAGAGCUACUCCUUCCUGUCGUCAUCGACUGUUGGAUUGAUAACAUCAGAUUGGUAUAUAACAGAACCACCAGGACCACUCAGUCUCCAGAUGGUGUGGAUGUGAAGGUUCCUGGCUUUGGAGACACCUUUUCUGUGGAAUACCUCGAUCCUAACAAAGCUUUUGUUGGAGCCUAUUUCUUCACUCUGGUAGAGAGCCUAGUGGGCUGGGGUUACAGCAGAGGAGAAGAUGUCCAAGGAGCUCCCUAUGACUGGAGAAAAGCCCCAAAUGAAAAUAGAUACUAUUUCCGUGCUCUCCGCAAGAUGAUUGAGGUGAUGUAUGAGCAGUACAGAGGCCCCGUUGUCCUCAUCGCCCAUAGCAUGGGCAACAUGUAUACACUUUAUUUCCUCAACCGGCAGUCCCAGGACUGGAAAGACAAGUACAUCCAUUCCUUUGUGGCACUGGGCCCUCCCUGGGGAGGGGUCGCCAAGACCCUUCGAGUGCUAGCUUCAGGAGACAACAACAGAAUUCCGGUCAUCAGUCCUCUAAAAAUCAGAGAGCAACAGAGAUCUGCCGUCUCGACGAAUUGGCUGCUUCCCUACAAUUAUACUUGGUCCCCAGACAAGGUCUUUGUGAGAACCCCCAAAGCCAAUUACACCCUCCGGGACUACGAGCAGUUCUAUAAGGAUAUUGGCUUUGAGGACGGCUGGCUCAUGAGACAAGACACAGAGCCCUUGGUCUAUCAGAUGACUCCCCCUGGAGUACGGCUCCAUUGCCUGUAUGGUACUGGUGUCCAGACUCCAGACUCUUUCUACUAUGAAAACUUUUCUGACCGAGACCCCAAGAUUUUCUAUGGUGACGGCGAUGGUACAGUGAAUGUGGAGAGUGCCCUACACUGCCAGAAGUGGGUGAAUCAGCAGAAGCAGGAGGUGACCCUGCUCGAGCUGAAGGGAAAUGAACACAUUCAGAUGCUCUCCAACGGGACGGCUCUUUCCUACUUGAAAAAUGUUCUCUUUGGUUUGUGAUGCUGUGUCCCACCAGCCUGCACACUCCGUCACCCUGGAUGCCUUCCCUUCCAGCCCGAUGAGGGGGAAAAUGCUGCUUCACUAUCUUGAAGGUGUUUUUUUUUUCCUUAAUUUAAUUUUUAUUUUUUAGAUCAGAGUUUUGAAUUGGGCCUCCCUCUACAGGCCGUGAUCUGUUUCGCCAUUUUGACGUGAAUGAGGUCUCAGCUCUGCAUCAGUGAUUAGACACAUUCUCUUUCCCGGCCUUAUCAUCCCAUCGGUCGGCUUUUGGGUCAAAUCCCCACGGUGAGCUUGUUAAUUUCUCUAAAGGGAACGAGUCUGAUUGUUGGUAGAGCUGUUUGUUGAGUGGCAAUGAAGAGAUUGGUCUCAGAGAUCACUAGAAAGGUUUCACACACAUCUUUUCCAACCAUCUUUUGGGUUCUAGUUUUAUUUUAAAUUCUCAGAAAUGUAAAGAAGACCUUGUUUUGGGUAUACCCUGAGUUGGACAUAAUCUGGGUGUUGACUCCUUCCAGAGAAGCGAGGAAUCCAGUCUGAUCAUCAUUGUGUUGCUGGUGCUGUCACAACUUCAGGCUCCAGGCCUCUCUUUCAAGAGUGAGAGGGAGGGAGGGAUGCCCAUCCUGCCAAAACCAGUCUCCAGCUCUUGGCCAGGGGCCCUUAAGACAUGGGACCCCCUGACUCUUACAAACACACAACACAACACGAGUGGCCAUUCAAGGCUGACUGCUUUAGCUAUAACAAUGCCUACUUCUUCAGAGCCUCCCUUCCUUUCCUGCCACACUCUUCCUUAUCUCCCCACCUCUCAACUCCCCAGACUUUGGAUUGGAUGAUCUGUUCUUCUAGUCCCCUGUGCACGUACGUGGCUUCCAUCUUUGUUUUGGCCCGGCAGCUACACCCACGCUCUGGCCCUUUCCUCAAGUUGUAAGUGGAGGAUCUGCUUGCUGCUACAGUGUUUUGUGUACCCUAGACUUUGGUUUGGGGUCCAUCCAUGUCGUCCCCUUCCCGCUUUCCAUUUUUAAAGGCUGUAUUAACUGUGUGUUACUGCCAGAUUCUGUAUUUUCUCAGCACAAUGUAAGAGAGGACUGUAGCCCUCACUCAACUUCACACAGUGUGGUUUUUUAAAAUUUCUCUGGGAAGCAUCCCAUCCCCUGGUGCUAUUGUUUCAUAGAUUGGGGAUCUAGGGAAAGAGUUUGAUGUUCAUACCAAAGUAGUGAAUUAUCCAUGUACAUUUCUCUCAGUCUGGGCAGGGGACAGACAGGCAGGUCAUUGGCUUGGUCUCUCUCCUACUCACUGUCCGAGGAGUCCUACCAACAUGGCUGGAAGAGAGGAUUCCUAGUUCCUGGGUGAAGUUUCAGGUCCUUGCAUUUCUGGGCUAUCGUAGUAUUUGUACUGAAUACUCUCCCUCAAUGCUUGAGGCUUAUGCAAACUGUGUGUACUUUACCCUCACAGUCAUAGUUCUUUAGCUCUUCCUCCCAUGACUGUGUCCUAAGGAGACUUUUAAGCCGAGUGGCCGUGCUGUGCUGCUUGUAUCGCCCGUAGGAAUUGGUGAUUCCCCUCUCCUUCCCUGCAGUCCCCCCUAAGACUGAUGCUGUAUGUGUAUAAUUUAAUCACUAUUUAGCCCGUGUAAUGAGAAAUCCUAUUGGGAACUCAGUCUGCAGGCUGUUUCUGGAUCCUAGUGACAGGAUCAAGGCAGAAAACUACUCUUGUUAUCAGGUUUGGUUAAGGGUUUGAGGGCCAGGUGGGCCCAGAAAACAACCUUUCUCAGCAGUCUAGGACUCAUGUUUACAGUUCAGCUUACAAAUAGCAUCAGGUUUCCCUGCUAUCCAUUGAUUUCCUUAAAGCUGGAUCUUAUGGAAGAAAAGGCAGGGGCAGUGUUGGUUUUAUGAUGAGCAUAACCUCCCUCGUGCUUUAUGUGCACAUUUGUACAUGUAGUUUCAGUUCCCAAGGGGAUAUAAUGUGCUUUAGCCCAGGAGGGAGCUGACAGAUGAAGCAGGGUCAAGGUUUCUGCUACAGCCCCAUUCGUGCUCCAAGGGAGGGAAUCUAGGAACCUAAUGCGUGGUGGCUCACCCUCUUCCCCGUGUGCGUCUCUUAGAACUUCUACUUCAGCCUACCCUGUGGCCUCACCACCUCCUUCAGAUCGCCAGCAUUCCUAACCGAGACCCUGUUCCAAGUACUUGGAUUGACUUGCCAGGAGCAGAUGCUUUCAGACCUUCCUAACCCGGUCUGAUCUCCAGGUGCUACCUGAUUUCAUGGGUCAAGAAGGACCUAAAGACCCAGGGAUUGGUCGAUAACUGACAAGGGCCUGCGUGCUUCCAUGUAACAGAAGGAGAACUUGAGUCCACAGGGCACUGACAGGAGUUCACCCAGCGUGCCAUCCUUUGUCAUCCCUAUGCAGGGGAUUUUUCAGAUCUCUGUUUAUUUGGACAAGUCAGAGUUGUUUUUCUGCAAGCUAUAAUCUAGAAUCACAAUGCAGAUCAUGUUUUUGGAAAUUUUUUUUUGUGAGGGCAGUUGGGGUUAAGUGACUUGCCCAGAGUCACACAGCUAGUGAGUGUUAUG